AUGGCGUCUCUGAAUCAGCGCCCGCUCAAGAAGCGAGACAGGACCAACGAAAAUUUUGACAAGGCAACAAAGAACUUGUUAUCGCGAUGUGACCACAUUAGGCAGCGAUAUGGCGCAGACGUAUACAUUCAAGUCCGUCGGAUGCAUAAACACUACGAGUACACUUCCUCGAAUGAGCCAUCGUGGCCGAAGACCAAAACAGAAAUGGUGAGUGCGAUUGUGGAGCAACCGCUCAAGGCUAAUGUUGGUACCUUGAAGCAAAGAACGUACCCUGUUCCUGUGAUGAGAACGCCCCCGGACUUUGUCAGUCGGCGAAGCCGUGCACCGACCAGCCACCCCUCUUCUCCAACUCGCAGACCAAGGGCCGCCGCCAAGGAAAAUGACGCCCAGCAUCGCGGUGACGAUGGAUACUCAAAAGUAGACAGCCCCAAGGCCCCGGUCCAUCAUUCCGGCAACCCAAUGGAGCUUGAGGAAAGAUCGGAGGUUGUAGCACGUUGCAGGGAGCUAGUCAAGAGUGACAGCUCGUAA